AUGCCGUCAUUGGUUGUAUUGGGACGACGGUGGAAUAUUGCGAGUGAUGAUUUCGUAUUUCCAUCUUUGUCCGAAAUAUUAGUUCGCCUAGCGUGGAUAUCAACAACAUGUAUCAUAUUCAUGUUAAAAAAGUGGGAAAGUUGUACCGAUCAACACUUUCUCAUUAGUCUUUUUUCAUUGAUUGGCAUCAAUGGUAUAAUUAUUUUAACAUGUUUUGUCAUGGCAUUGAUUAGUUCCCGCGGGUCUAUCUUGGAACCACACAAGCGACGUCAUGUCACGAAAAUCAUCUAUAUACGUGUGCCACUGCUUGUUUGUGAAAUUGCCAUUACUGGCUCAUCGACGAUCUUUGCUUACAGUAAUCCGUCUCCAUGUAGUCUUUUUACUAUAUUGCGUUUAACAGUUAUGCUUCAAUGGGCUCUCAUAAUAACAGUUUUAGUCGGUGUUGCCGUUGUAUUUAAUCCAUCUGGUCGUAGUCGUAUACAGCCAAGUUUCCGAACUGAGAAUCAAGUUUGGUUGUUACGUCUGAAGUUGUUUUUGUUGACAAGAAACGAAGAAAUGCGUGCAGCUUUAAAGGAUAUUGCUAUUCUUACAACAUCGUUUUUUGCUGAUGUUGAUUUAGUAGCAUCCGAUAUUCUGGCUGGUCUUUUAAUGCUUGUUCAUGCUCCUCAUCGACCACCAAGUUCCACCACCUACGUUCCGGAAAUUGAACCACCAGAAUGGAUGACAUUGGAGAAUGCGCGUUAUAUGGCGAAGUAUAUAGCGGCUAUAUAUGGCUGGGAAAUUUACAUGUUUUACAAUUGUGGUUGUUGCGAUUGGCUAAAAGUAUGUAAAAAGAUCAAGUGUUGCGGAAAAUGUUGCAGCAGGCAAAAUUUUCCAGUUAGAGGUGAUAAUUGCUGUGCAUGUUCUACAGCUACUUUCCUUGCGAUAACAGAAUGUAAGGAAACUGAUGUCAUUUUCGUAUCAUUUGCAAAUGAACUCUAUCAGGUACCAUUUAUCGUACUUGUAGACGUAAAAGCAAAAAGUAUUGUCAUAACCAUACGUGGUACAGCUUCAAUGGUGGAUGCAAUUAAUGAUUUGUCGCUUGAUGAUGAAGCAUUUUCAAUAGAUGUUGAUCAGGAUCCGAUUCUUUCUCGAGAUGAAAAAUUGGAUACUCAUGAUAAGGAAGUACGUGUACAUCGUGGCAUGUUGCGUAGUGCAAGGUAUGUGCUUGAAGUAUUACGUGCAAACCGUACUUUGGAAGGUUUAAAAAUGAGAUAUCCGGAUUUUACAGUCGUUUGUUGUGGACAUUCACUGGGUGCUGGAGUUGCGACAUUGCUUACAUUGCUCUUGAAACAAUCGUUCAGUCCUAUACGGUGUUUUGCUUAUUCUCCUCCAGGAUGUGUUAUCAGUGAAAAUGGUUUAAAAGAGACGCAAAAAUUCGUAUUUAGUGUUUACAUUGGUGAUGAUAUUGUGCCACGGUUGUCAUUUCAAACGUUAUGCAAAUUGAAAUAUGAUGUAAUAAUGUCGUUAGCAUGUAGUAAUUUACCGAAAUAUAAAGUUCUUCUUCGUGGCUUUUAUCGAUUGUGCUUUUCUCCUCCGUGGCAACCGGAUCGAGAUAGUCAUGAAGAGGAUGCAGCUGUAAAUAUCAACGAUCGAUUACCAUUAGUUUUCCAUACUUCUUUGUUAAUUUUUGAUGAUAACGCUGAUGAUAUAGAGGAAAACAAUCCCGCAGAAAGAUGGGCAAAAAAGCGGACGAAGCUCCUUCCACCAGGAUGUCUCCUUCAUGUCUGGGUGAUUGAUAACCAGAAAAUUUGUAAAAGAUGGGCUCAUUACAGUUCGCUUAAUGAGAUCAAGCUGUCAAGUGCUGUUAUUCGCGACCAUUUACCGUAUAACGUGUUAAAAGUGCUUAACAUGGAGCUUAACCUAGAUACGAUUUCUGAAGUGGUUUUCUAA